CGGCAAGUAGCACCAAUGCUCCGACUAGUUGCCAGGCGCAUUGUAAUGAAUGCGAAGCGAUGCUAGCAUCGACGAACGGCCGUAUAUUGACCAUAAAAGUUGAGGUGUUGAUGCCAUCCGAUAUCAAAUCACCUCGGGAUGUAUCCGGCUCCCUUCCGAUAAAAAAUGCCAAAUAUGAAACUUGUCAAGGAGGGAAGGUCGAGUGUGUUUUUCAACUUUGCCAAUCAUGCCCCGCAGGUUUAUCGUGACUAUUUCUCGCUUUGUAAAGGAAACCACACAUAAGUCCGAAAAGGAGGAACUCGGCUCAUCCGUACUCCUCCCUUCGCUCGUCCAGGACCACUUUCGAGUCGACCAGCUCUGACAGGUCUGAAUCGCCGACACCCAUAUCUAGUGAUGCUUUGCCGUCACAUCUCAUCUUCUAUUUUUGUGCUCGUAAUUCAGACCGGAAACUUGAUAGGACACCUGUCUCAAACACGACUCUUGGCAACAAGCAGCGAAACCUCCCAGGUGUAUCCACUGCAAUAUCCCCAGUCUCGAGGUUAAGGCGCAGUAGGUCUCCAAGGAGCAAAUCCGGAUCUGUCGCCAGUGAAGGCUCCACCAAAGUUGGCUUAGACACGCCGAUACAUGCCGCUCCCGCCUUUCCCAGCCCUGUACGAACGCGUGUCAAGGGCGAAGUCGAGCAGGCAUCGACAUCAAAUCACUCUCGACCCGAGAGUGCGAGGUUGGAGCUUGAAAAUAUGCCAGCUUUGGUGGACGCAGCAGUACAGACGGAUCCAAUGCCAGGCUCAAGGUCGCCCAGUCGAGAUGACGAGAGUAUAUUCGAGCGACAGGGAAUUUCCAAGCACAAAUGCCAGAAUUUGGAGGACGACCGCGACUUGCUAUUGCUGAGAAUAGAGCAAAGCCUACUUGAGACGCAUAGAUUGCUCUUAGAACUUCGGAAAUCAAUACACAAGAGAGCAUGCUGAAUCUCUCUUUCUCGUUUGAAAUCAAGAUCUGGUCUCGUAUGGAUAUAUGCUAUGUGUCUAUUGGUGGAAAUACCUUUUGAGCUUCUAGUGUACUAAUUUUCCCACCUUCUAAUGCUUAUGUUAUUCCCAUCCUUCGAUCUACAUGUAAGUUGUUUCGCGUAUUCUUAAUCGAAUUUAUUUCUUCGUCGGAGAUUUCCGUCGAAGUGGG